GUUGUGUUUAACGCCCGCAGUUCACCAAACUGCAACAAACGAGACAAUCACGGCGUUCCGAUCUCACUGUAGACAACUGCGAGUUCUCGGACUGUGAGAGGUGUUCAGGUGUGAUAACCUGAGUGUUCACGGGUGCCAUGAAUUGGGCUUUUCUUCAGGGUCUCCUGAGUGGGGUCAACAAGUACUCCACCGCAUUCGGCCGUGUCUGGCUGUCCAUAGUCUUCCUGUUCAGGGUCAUGGUCUUCGUCGUAGCUGCGGAGAAGGUAUGGGGUGACGAGCAGAAAGACUUUGCAUGUAACACUGCUCAGCCUGGCUGCCAUAACGUUUGCUACGACCACUUCUUCCCGGUGUCCCACAUACGUCUGUGGGCUCUGCAGCUCAUCUUCGUCACCUGUCCAUCGUUCCUCGUGGUGCUGCAUGUGGCCUAUCGUGAGGAGCGUGAACGGAAGCAUCGUAUCAAAUUCGGCGAGGGCUGUCAGCGGUUGUAUGCCAACACCGGGAAGAAACGCGGUGGUCUUUGGUGGACGUACGUCCUCUCGCUGGUUUUUAAAAUGGGAGUGGAUGCGACCUUUGUGUAUCUCCUGUAUCACAUCUAUGAGGGCUAUGACUUCCCCACCCUGGUGAAGUGUUCUGAGAGUCCCUGCCCUAAUGUGGUGGAUUGCUUCAUCUCGCGGCCCACAGAGAAGCGUAUCUUCACCAUCUUCAUGGUGGUGACAAGUGUGGUGUGCAUCCUGCUCUCCCUCUGCGAAAUCCUCUACCUGGUGGGCAAACGCUGCUUUGAAUGUAUUCACAGGAUGCGGGGCUCACGGCAGAUAAACAAGGCAAGGUCCAUCGCUAACAUGAGGAGCUCAAAUACUCAUUUAGAUUCAAACAGCAAGAAACUGGCAUGCACCAGCCAGCCAGCGCCAGCAUACAGUACGGUCAUCUCAUCUUAAAAAACAUGAGCUUGGAAAAUACUUCCACUCAGAGUGGGACUCGGAGAGAUGGAAAAUUUUCCUCAUGUUCAUUCACCACGAUGUGAACUCAAACAUGACCAACUCAGUGGACGGUUGGCAGUAGAGGAAGCAGCUUGUAUGCUAACCCUAUAUCCACUGGAUCUUUUUGCUGGAAAGUUGUGGCCUGAUAAACAACAUUGUAUAUUUGAAAAGUUUUUAGGGGUCAGAAUGCCAACAUCCAGGAUGAUGCAGUCUUUAGUUUGACUAAACCAAGUCUCCUCAGGGAUUUGGGUGUGGUGUGGCUUCUUUUAGGGCAGUGGUUUUCAAACUUGUACUGCGAGCACCUCCAGCACUACAUUUUAUGUGUCUCCAUUUUCUAUCACACAUGAUUCAACUCUUCAGCUCAUUUGUAGAGACUGGCAAGACCUGAAAUGGGGAAGUCGUGGCCUAAUGGUUAGAGAGUUUGACUCCCAACCCAAAUGUUGUGGGUUCGAGUCUCUGACUGGCAAUAACAAGACUUAUGUGCCCUUGAGCUAGGCACUGGCCCCCAACUGCUCCCCGGCGCUGCAGCAUAAAUGGCUGCCCACUGCCUUGGGUGUGUGUUCACUGCUGUGUGUGUGUGUGUGUGUGUGCGUGCACUUUGGAUGGGUUAAAUGCAGAGCACGAAUUGUUAGCAUGGGAGACCAUACUUGGCUGUAUUAUUCACUUUAAAUGGGUGUGUCAGAUAUAAGGAGACAUACACAAAUGGUGAUUGGGGUGCUUGCAGGACCGGUUUGAAAACCACUGUGUUAAGCCAAGACCCAGAACACCAACACCAACGGACACUUUAAACUAAACAAAUACAAAACAGAUCGUAUAAGCACAGGUAAUUAGAAAUAAUUACUAAUUAUUACAUAGUUGUGCACAAGCAAAACGUGAUCACUCUUUGCUUCACAUUUUUAUACUUCAUUUUUUAGAAGAAACCAAAGGUAGUAUAAUUAAUUGAUGGAAGAAUCUAUUAUCUAUAGAAGCCUGUUUUUAACUCUGGGUAAAUACACUGAGCAAUUGGGACCUUAUAACUCACAAUGUGACUUAAAAAAAAAUAGUUCACACAAAAAUGAAAAUUCUGUCAUCAUUUACUCAUCCUCAAGUCUUUCCAAACCUGUAAACUUUCUUUUCAUAUUCUGAAUAAUGUUUCAACAGUUUUUGUCCACCCAGUGAAAGUCAUUGGGGGGCAAAACAACACUGAUGACUUUCACGGUAUACGUGGACUUUCACAGGUUUGCACUGAUGUUAGAGUGAGCAAAUGAUGAAAGAAUUUUUUUUUUUUCCGGUAAAUUGUCCAUUUAAUUUUCAAAAUUGUGACUCACAAUGUGACUUUUUAUGGUGCAGUGUGACACAUCUUGUUGCUGCAACCCUGCAAUGAGACUAUGUUUCAUAUAGCUUUAGUUCUCGUUGAAUUAAACUUUAUCUGACAAUCAAUUUUUAUUAUUUCGCUGAAGUGGAAACAGGCUUCCAUAGUGGAAAAUAAAUUAUGCUUUUAAAAUGAUAUCUUUCCUUUGGAUGUGAAAACAUGAUGCAAAGAUACAUCACACAAAGAUUCUAUAUUUUUUCUCCAUAUAUUUAAGUCAAUGCUGUUAAAAUCAACACAUUUUUACAAACAGGCUCCCCAAAUCCACCUAGAUAGUGAACCCUAAUUUAUACUUCAAUUUGAAUGUAAAUUGAAAUUUGUUUGUUUACAACUUUGUACAAAAGAGAUUGUACUGUAUUUAAUUUUUUUUAUUACUAUUCAAUAUUUUGUCAUCAUUUUUGCUGAGUUACUGUUUUGUAUAUUAGCUGGUGUGUGUGUAUAUGUGUGUGUGUGUGUUUUUGUGCUAAUGUGUACUUAAACUUUGGUGCUCCAAUCUAAUGUCUUCCAAGAAUUUGCAGUAUUUAAAACAUCAAGAACUUAUUGAUAAAUGCUCAACACUGCCAGAUGAUCAAAUUCAAAUAAGGCAAUUUUGCCACUGUGUGUGUGUAUGAGAGUUUUACAUUCACUGAUAAACAUAUCCAGAAAAGUAAACAUCCUCCGAGGAUAGAAAUCCUCUGUUUGUACGCUAACCUUUCAGCAUUCUUUCCUAAUUACUGUGUUUAGAGUUGUUUACAUUUUGAGAUACAUUAAAAUCUGCUUUUUAUUUUCGUACAA